AUGAACAUUAUUUAUUUUAACAUAUUAUUUUUCGCUCUCUUUUUAGAUACAUUCAUAUCAUCACAUACAAAUAUUCCAAGAACUCAUAAUAAUAAUUCUAAAAAUGCGACAAUUAAAAAAACUCCAGUAGAUACAAUACCAGAUGUGAUUACUUUAGAAUAUAUAAGAGAACAAUUAAAACAAAUUCAACUAAUAAAAGAUGAAAUAAUAAAGGACAAAUUAAAGAAAAUCAAAUUUUUUAAAAAGAAAAACAAAAGUAAAAACGAUCAAGAUCUAAAAAAAGAUAUUGAAAAAUUAGAAACAGAAAUAUUGGAUACCAAAAUAUUAUGUGAUGAUUAUAUAAAAAAUGAAUUAAAAGAAAUCUCAUUAAUAAAAGAUGAAAUUGUAAAAGACAAAAUAGAAAAAGAUCAAUGGAAGAAAAAUAAAUUGAUUGAUUAUGAAUUGAACAGACUUUUCCAUGAAGCAAAAAAGAAAGAACUACAACAGUUAUAUGAUAAAUAUUUAAAUGAACAAUUAGAGAAUCGAAAAUUACAAAAGCAUAAAGUUAAGAAGAAAAAAAGGAAACAUCGAAGAAAAACAUUUUUUGAGUUAUGGAGCGCCUUUUAUGAAUUACUUGAAGAAAAAGUACAUAAAUAUAAUAUUGGUGGUUACACAAUUGUUAUGGGUUUGUUAGGAGCAAUAGGAAAAUCAAUACAUUCUAUAUAUACAACGUGCACUGCAUGUGAAGUAGCUAACGCUAAAGUUAUUUCAUGUUUUAUAUCUGGAUUUUCUAAAUCUGCUUGUAUUACAGCUCCUGGUGCUACUCCGAACGUAUCUGGAUGUAUAAAGGCUACAUUAUGUUCUAAUGCUCUUUCAAAGGCGACUGCAUGUGCAGCUGGCAGUGCAUCCAUUGAGGUAUCUUCAAUUGUCAUAGCUGUUAUAAUAAUUAUUGUAUGUCUUAUAGCCUUAAUAGGUUUAAUAUGUUUCUUAGUUGAAAAUAAAGAAUCAAUUUUGGAGAAUAAAUAUGUUCAAAAAAUAAUGCCUUAUAUCGAAAAAAUAAUAAAUUCUAAAUAUGUAAGUAGGACAAUAACAGGAUUGAAUGAUUUUUAUUUAUCGAAGCAAUUAAUAUAUAUUAUAUAA